GCGCUUUUUGAUUGCCAGCUUGCUGGGGCAGCGUAAAUGCCAGCUUGAUUGCAAACAAUCAAGCACAGUGGAAGACAAAUGGGUCUCCUCGACGCCCUGGACGAGUCCAUCGCCACGGUCGAGGCGGAGCACCAGGAGAAGGGCAGCCCAACUACUGCCACCCUCGCCUCGACCGCGGCCGCGCCGCCCGCGUCCUGCGGCACCUACGAACGCACGUCAGCACCAGAUACGUACCGCUGCGCCGCGAACGGCUUCUACCUCUACAAGCGGUCGCCGAAUUCGUGGUGCGUCGGCAAGGAGCCCGGCGGCGCGUCGUGCAAGUGCUACCAGAGCAAGAAGGGCUGGCAGUUCUACGUGAGUAAAAAGUGGACGCUGCGCGCGGACGUGUCGCUGACGUGGGACGAUGCGACGGGCAGCUCCGCAGACCCGUCCGUGCCAGCUGCGGAGGAGGCCGCGCCGGCGCCGGCUGCCGAGGCUACUGCCGCGGAAAAGCCCCAGACGACGGCGCGGGUCCAGGGCGGCAUGCUGGCCGGCGACGACGACGCGACCAGCAGCUCCGGCGACGACGACGAGGAGGUCGAGGUCGCGGAGGCACCAGCGGCGCCGCCCGCGAAGACGCCGGCACCGACGGCAGAACCCGCGAAGAAGAAGACCUCCGACGCCUUCGGCCUCGCCUACACGCCCUACGAGGUCUACGACGCCGCGGCCGCGCGGAACGCCGAGUCCUCCGACGACGAGUCCGACGCCGAGUCCGCGACCGCGGCGCCGGCGAACUCGCCACCAGUGGCAAGUCAAGCCACAGGCGACGCCCCAGACCUCCCCAGCGACAAGGUGAGGUCUUUAGAUAGCGCGCCACCACCAAAAAACGCGAACAACGGCAAGCCGCGGGCCGGCGCCAAGGCCCCGCCGCCGGCGCACGUCGUGCAGGACCGCCCCUCGGCGCCGUCGGAGCCCAAGCCAAGCGCCCAAGACGCGCCAGCAGCCAAGGCGCCGCCGCCUCCAAACGUCGUACAAGAUGCGCCUUCCGCCGAGGCCAAUGCACCGCAGGACGGCGCCUUCAAGGCCUUCGACCCCGCGGUUUUAGCAAGGACCGUGGCCGCCUACCGCGCGCCCGUCGCCGCGGCCCCGGAUUCAAACGAAGACGCCUGGGCGAGCAUCAAACCACCCGAACAAGAGGAGGCCGAGGAGCCAAUCAAAGCCGAGCCCAUCACCUACGACGAGGCCCUGCGCCACUUCCAGGGUUUAGAUAUGUCAAGUGAUCAAGGAAAGAUCACGCCGACGCAGCCCGACCAGAGGCACCUGCUCAAGCGCAUAUUCAAGAGAAGGCCCGACCUCAAGGCGCCGGACGCCGAACGCGACUUCGUCUUCCUCGUGGCCCUGCAAAAAUAUGAUCCGAGAGUGCCGGUCCACUGGCGCAUGAUCCACACGGUCUUCCGCGAGCUCACGCCAAAAAACAAGCCGGUGCCGUGCCCGACGCUCGGGGCGCACUGGGUCCGCAUCGGAUUUCAAGGAAAUGACCCGCGCACGGAUGUGAAUAGGGCCAUGCGCUGCCUCGCGCUGUUGCAGUUAUUACACCUGCUUGAAAAAGAGAGACGCCUCGCGGGCGCCCUCUUCCGCGCGGCGAACCAGGGCGGCAUGUAGCAGUGUGGAAGUACCAGUCCGGACGCGAGGGGCCUUCGACUCGCGCCGAUCGCGGUGAUGGCGUGCUGGUGGGGUCUACACCGCCUCGACGCCAUCGACGCGACCGCUUCGUCACGCGCAGGCAAGGACUGGCCCUUCGCGUGCACGUCCAUCUCCUUCACGCGCAUGGCUGUGCAAAAGUUGCGGUCCGGCAAGUUGAAUGGUAGCUGCAACGCGCUCGGCGUCCUGCCAGCGCUGCACGAGUGCCACGCGGCGCUCUUCCGCGACUUCCUCGCGCGCAUCCGGAGCGGCCAGGACCGGUUCUGCGCGCUGAACGACAUUCAAGAGGGGAAGAAACCAAUAAAGGUGGCCAAGAAGACGAAGCCCGCCGCGGCGAAGGCGCGGGUAGAGGAACCGCCCGCGGCGUUCGCGGCGCUCGGGGGCCUGCCCGACGACCCCUCGUCUCAGUCGUCGUCGGGCGCGGCCCUGGGGAGGCGGUAUCUUGUAACGUAG